AUGACAUGCUGGAGACGCAGAUGCCCGUCAGCUCGCGACCUUGUGCACCAUGGCAGGCGCUGGGUUCUAACACUCAGGGCAUCGAGCUUCCCUGAGAUAUUCGAAAGAAGCCCUUCUAUCACGGACAUGGCGUUUGAAGGUGAUCCACUCUGUCAGAUCGAUGCAGCGAGACGAGGGAAGGCCAUUCAGAGACUGUUGAAAGAGAAUUUGGCAUUGUUCUUCCCAUCAAGCACACUCUCUGAGCCACCGCAAGGGCUCUGCAUUAAUGGCCAGCGGAGAUCCAAACACCAAAGCGAGUUUGACUGGAUGCUUGAUGGAAGACGGGUGGAGUGUAAGAGCACCCGGUUAGCAUGGGAUGGGUCGCGAUGCGAGUGGUAUGCUAGAUGGUCAGCUAUUAAGCUGGAUACCGAUCGCAGUGACAAAGCAAGUCCAUUCGAUGACUUGCUGCUGGUGCUGCAUUCCCCAUUCCGACUCGACUUUCUCAUGCAUGACCUGAGUUGUUAUGUUGUCAACGACGGUGUACGCUCAUCAUUCUUAGGUCAAACUGUUCGAUGCAAAGCCCGAGCAGGCGCGACUGAUACCAGCCAGGCUUGGCAGCACAUCAUUCAGAAACUGACUCAACCACCAAACGCAUGCCGUCACAUUGCAUCCUUGAGAUCUGAUGUAGACCCUAUGCUAAGGGUGGUGGCAGAUGAAGUCGUCAAAAAAACCUGGGAACAUUCAUGGGGCUGCUACAAGACAGUCCCGCUCAUCGGACUCACUGCAGCUUCACGCAGUCUUCGCCUGCAAGACCUGGCUUUCAAGAUUGACCAGAUGCUCCAUCCAAACAGUGCUUUCAGCAUUGGCGUAGGAGCAGAGGCUGUUGUUGGAGAACAGCGGCUGCAGCGACGAGGAACAGCUAGGGGCAGCGCCGAUUGGUGGCGAGACGGCGAACGAGUUGAGUUCAAGAGCUCGAAGAUGUUCUGGCGACAUGGCAGACAAUGUUGGAGUGUGCACUUUGCAGGUGUAAAGGAUGCCGCGCACAGACCAGACCGACAUUGCCCCUUUGAUGAUCUCUAUCUCGGCAUAUACAGCCCCUGCGGCUUCUACCUGUUGCGCCAUGCUGGAGACUUUGCGCUGUCACAUGCUGGCUUGGCAACUGAAACCCGCGGUCGUACUAUUUGUGUUUCAAGUUCGAAGUGCACGGACAUCUCAACAGCCUUGGAAUGCUUGCUGGCAAAGUUUCAGUCCGCUGGCUGUCGAGUUCUGGCGAAGGUGGCCUGGUGA